UUUCGGGCCUCCUUGUUCAAGAGUUUGAGGAGUAUGGGGGGAAUUUUUGUGGAGAUGAUUAUUUCCUUUAUGCUAGGGUUAAUGGUGAAUUGGGCAUAUUUAAAUUGAUGGAUGAAAGUUUCCCUCAACCGACUUCUGUCAUUAUGGCUUCAUGUGAUGGACUCAUCUGUUAUAGAAGUCGUCGAACUAGGGAUGUAGAGGUGCUGGACAUAGUUGUUUGGAACCCAAUGACCCAGGAACGGUUAACCUUGAGACCCAUUGACUGUCAUGUUGGUAGCAUCUUUGGAUUGGCUUUCUACCCAUUUGGUUCUUCAGCAAAGAUGAUCCCUCGCUUUAAAGUGGUCAGCAUUCAGCGUCCAAAACAUGACCAAAAUUCCUAUUCCUUUGUGAUCUACUCAUCAGAGACAGGGAAAUGGAAAACUUCCCUUGAAGUGUGCUAUUGCAAGGAUGAGCUUUAUGAGAAUAAACAUAUUUAUGUUAAUGGAAGGUUUUACUGGUUGACGAGCAAUCAGAACGUUAUCAAUUUUGAGGCAGAUGAGGAGUUAUCUGGAGUCAUUACAGUACCAGGUCCUAAGUGGUUGGAUAGGGAUGUAAGACUGGCUUGCCUUGGGGAUUCUGAUGGGUAUCUUCAUUAUGUGUGUGUAGAUAUGUCUGAACUUAGGGUCUGGAUGUUAACAGAUCCUUGCAAGCCCAUUUGGGUUCUUAAGCACCAUAUAAAUAUAGAUCAAUUUGGUGAAGAAUCAAGGGAUCGGUAUCUCCAUCGUGUACAAAACUCUCCUGAAAUGAUUCGCAAUUAUUUUGUAGUGGACGCUCAAACUUUCCAUGAUGAAGUUGUGUAUUUGUCUAUACGAGGUAGGUUAUGUUCGUAUGACUUCAAAACUGGAAGGCUAAGAUCCUUCUUUUAUGGUUCUUACCUGAGGCAUCAAACUAAAGUUCAGGCGACUGUGCUCCCAUAUUCACCGACCUUGGCAACAAUUGGCAUUCCCUGGUUGAAACAGAAUUCUGGUAGUGCUUCUAUUUCUUUUGAUUCAACAUCUUUUAAUUACGAAGGAAGACCUAGAAAAAAAUUGAAAACAAGGAAGACCUAGAGAAAAAUUGAAAGAACCCUUAAGGUCACCACAUUGCUGCUCAUUGAAAUGGAAGUAAUCAGUGCAUUUAUGUAAAUUAGUAAGCAUGGACCGGUCAAUUUCAUUGGCGUAAGUUUUUCUUUGACAUGGCCCCAUGGAGGAUGCUGUUUGCCUGUGACACUAAUUUCUACUUAUUUAUUUAUUUCUUCUUGUAUUGGUUGCUAAGAUUAUAUGGGAUUUGUUGAACUUUUGGUUUUCUAGUAAUUAUGAUUCUUAAUUUUCAACCAAUUGAUAGAGCAUGAGCAUAUUGCUUUGCCUGUUUG